UAGUUGUUUUUUAAAUACAUUCUCCAUCAUUAUUUUGAUUCGAUAUUGUAUUUAAUUAAUAUAUAGUAAAUUAUAUAAUCCUCGUCCCUCUGGAUGUGCCACUAUAUACGGCUACACCAGGGGCGGCCUUCAGAGUGGGGCCUAAGGACUGCGGCCCCUUCGAAAGCCUAUAUUUCUAAAAAUUGUAUAUUGUAAAAACAAAUUAUAAUAUCGAGUUUCCUGAAAAUUAUAACUUAACCCCCCCCCCCCCCAACCUUGUUUCACGAGCUACUCCUGGGGCCUGGGCUAUACUUAUGUAAAUAAGUAUGAUAUUAUUGAAUUAUUCUGUGGUAUUGUGACGUACUGAUCACUGAUGUAUGUCUGAAAUAAUAGUCUGAUUACUAGAAUAAUUUUUAACGUUUUAUUGUUUAUCGAUGAUGUCGAUUUAGUCGUUAUUAGGAUAGAAAAGUUAAAGGCUUAUUUAUAUAGUAGUUUUAUAUAACUAUAUUAUAUACGUUCACAGUGAUUAGAAAAUACUUAAUACAUACGCACGAUACACAUAGCUGAUAGUUUAUGCACAUAGCACAUAUAUUAUAUAUUAUCGAAUAAAAUAAUAUUAUUUGUAUUGUCAUACCACAAUGCAAUUAGAAUGACAAUCGACAAUUAGAUAUAAUCGUUAUUUUAAAUUAUCUAUAAAAGAAUAAUAACGAUAAUUUAUAAUUUGUAUUGUACUUCGACGUCUCUCACGCGAUAUUCUUCAUAAAAUAUAAUAUUUUAUAAAUCUCAGUUAAUAAUAGUCUUAUUUUUUCGAUUUCGUACAAUUGUAACUGUGUAUAUACCUAUAUGUAUAUAGAUUAUAGACGCAGUUUUUUUUAACCUUUGUGAAUUUUAAUCGGUGAGUAGCCAGUAGGUCUAGGCUUAUAAUUGUUCAUCGUUGAAUGUUGCAAAUAUAUUAUACCACAUACCUUUCGCAUCCCUGGACACAUCACGUCAUAAUAAAUUAUUAAAUAGGCAACUUACUACCCAAUAAAGGUACGUCAAAUUAUCAUUCGAAUUUAUGCAUUGAUUCGACCAUAUAAAAUUAUGGACGAUGUCAACUUUGGCAACUGUCUGCGUUCAGAAUUUUUCGAAACAGACGACCGCGACGAUUACAUUCAUUGCUCAUCGUCAACAAUAGCGGACACGCUGGACUUGGCAGUGCAACGACCGACGUCGACGGAUCACGUGCGCCCGCUAGAACGAUUGAGUGGACGAUGGACAUUCCGGUCGAUGCCGCAGGACGUCAACUUGGCGGCGUACGGUAAACAGUUUUCCGGCGAGUGGCCGUCGUUUCAUGUAGAAAUAGAUUGUGGCGGCAGCGUUGUGAACGCGAAGCCGACAUUUGCACUAGCCAAUGACUCCGCCAAUGAGGACUCCCAGGACGACGGCACUUUGUUACCCGGUGCUGAUGGACACAAUUCGUCAGUCCCGAGUUGCCCGAACACGUUCACGGGACAGUGUGCCGCUUUUGUCGGAAGGGUCUUUACUUGGGAUUUCUACAGGGCCGUGUGUCUGUUCUUUCUACCAAUCGUCACACUUCGAAACCGUAGGUGAUUGACCAUUGACGUGCAUGGCAGUUAAGAUGUUAAAUAAUUAUUUAAUAAAUUAUUAUUAUUAUAUUUAUUUAUUUUAUAAUAAUAAAAAGUAAAAACAUAGUCAUUGGUCACGGCACAUCAAUAUAAUAUAAGCAUUACUAAGGGAUGAGCUCGGAUAGUACUCACUACUCACGCAGUCAACUCUUUACCGAACAAUAUUCACACCUAUAUUGCGCCACCUAGUGUUGUUUACUUAAAUUAAUAUAUAAUUAAAUCCUGAUUUUAAUAUGUACAUUUGUAAGGAUUGAAUUUUUAUUUAUAGCACAGCACCAUUGUUAUACACUUCAUAAAUAUAAGAUUAUAAUUUUAUUAUUAAA